ACUGAUGAGAGUUCCCCUAUCUCACAGAGCCAGUUCCACCAUCUGAGAGAGCCUUGUUUAUGUUAACAGGAGAGCAGCUCUGCGUCGCACCGGUUCAACCUCCUACAGGAGAGCAGCUCUGUGUCGCACCGGUUCAACCUCCUACAGGAGAGCAGCUCUGUGUCGCACCGGUUCAACCUCCUACAGGAGAGCAGCUCUGUGUCGCACCGGUUCAACCUCCUACAGGAGAGCAGCUCUGUGUCGCACCGGUUCAACCUCCUACAGGAGAGCAGCUCUGUGUCGCACCGGUUCAACCUCCUACAGGAGAGCAGCUCUGUGUCGCACCGGUUCAACCUCCUACAGGAGAGCAGCUCUGUGUCGCACCGGUUCAACCUCCUACAGGAGAGCAGCUCUGUGUCGCACCGGUUCAACCUCCUACAGGAGAGCAGCUCUGUGUCGCACCGGUUCAACCUCCAACAGGAGAGCAGCUCUGUGUCGCACCGGUUCAACCUCCUACAGGAGAGCAGCAGACACAAACUCUCUGAGGUUCAACUGUUACAAUGAUCCAAUAGAAACCGCUUCAUUCACGCUCUGUCAGAGACAGAGAGAGAGAGAGAUACAGAGAGUCGGCGAGAGAGGCAAUAGGAGCAGCCGUGGAGGACUAAGAAGAGGAUGACCCUGUGAUCUUGCCAAGGAUGAGCAGAGACGAGGAGAGACGCACCACUAUGAAUAAGGCCAAGAGAAAGUCUCGUGUGGACAGCCCUGGAGGUGUGAGAAGCAGGAGAACGGUUCAGAGGAGGAUGACCUGCCCUAGCUUCCCGGAGAUCACUAGAGUGCUGCAGAACCCUGUCCCCAGUCCCCUGACCCGUUCUGCUAGCCUAGACGAGCUCAUCCUGCGAUGCCUGCACUGCUUCGACUCGGAUGGAAAGCUUUCGCGGGGGUCUCAGCUAGUUCACAUGACUCUGAUGAUGCACAGCUGGGUUGUUCCCUCACAGACCUUCGCCCAGAAACUCCUCGCCCUCUAUAAGGACUGCCCAGUGGAAAAGAGAGGACUGAGACGACCGCAGGUCUGCCACCUUAUCAGACAGUGGAUCAGCAGGUUCCCAGCGGUGUUUGAGGCUGACCCUCAACUAGAGCAGAUGAUGGGAGAAUUGUGGACCCUGGCCAGGUCUGAGACACAGGACAUCAUAGACACAUCCUACCUUUAUGAUGCCAUCCCACCAUGUCUGUUUGAGUACGCUUCCUGUCACAGAGGGAAAUGUUCCUGUACGUUUGAGACCUUCUCACAACUCAGUCCAGUGAACCCAGUCUCCCAGGCCCCGUCUCAGUCUGUAAAGAAGAGGAAGGUCUCUCUACUGUUUGACCACAUGGAGCCGGAUGAGAUGGCUGAACACCUCUCCUACCUGGAGUUCAAAAACUUCUGCAACGUCUCGUUCCUGGAUUACCGUAGCUACGUGGUGCGUGGCUCUGUGAGGGACAACCCAUCCCUGGAGCGCAGUGUCAUGAUGUGUAAUGGGGUGUCUCAGUGGGUCCAGCUGAUGAUUCUGAGCAGACACACUGCACAGCAGAGAGCCCAGGUCUUCACCAAGUUCCUACACGUAGCCCAGAGGCUGCAUGCGCUGCAGAACUUCAACACUCUGAUGGCGGUGACGGGUGGUCUGUGUCACAGCUCCAUCUCUCGUCUGAAGGACACCGCCAGUCUGCUACCCCCUGACGUCACUAAGGCCCUGAGCGAGAUGACAGAGCUGCUGUCCUCCUCUAGUAACUAUAGUAACUACCGACGGGUGUACAGUGAGUGUUCGGGGUUUAAAGUGCCUAUCCUGGGGGUCCACUUGAAGGACCUGAUCUCCCUGAACGAGGCCCUGCCAGACUACCUGGAGGAGCAGAAGAUUAACCUGGGGAAACUGCAGCAUCUCUACUCUAACAUCUCUGACCUGCUGUCGGUACACUCCUGCUCUCCUCCGUUUGAAGCCAACAAGGAUCUGCUGCAUCUACUUACCCUGUCUCUGGAUCUGUACUACACAGAAGAUGAGAUCUAUGAGCUGUCCUACACCAAGGAACCCAAGAACCCUAAGACACAGCCUGUAGCACCUGUCAAAUCCCCAGUUGUAGCAGAGUGGGGGUCAGGGGUGACUCCGAGGCUGGACCCAGACACCAUCUCUAAACACGUCAAACAGAUGGUGGAUUCCAUCAUGAAGAACUACGACCUGAACCAGGAUGGGUACAUCUCUCUGGAGGACUUUAAGAAGAUAGCAGCUAACUUCCCCUUCUCCUUCUGCAACAAUGAUAGUGACAGAGAGGGGGAGAUCAGUCAUCAGCAGAUCAACUCCUACUUCAUGAGGGGGAUGUCCGUAUGUGCCAAACUAGGAUACAACUUCAAGAACGUUCACAACUUCCACGAGACCACGUACAAGCGACCCACCUUCUGUGACACUUGUGGAGGCUUUCUGUGGGGGGUCAUCAAGCAGGGCUUCCACUGUCGAGACUGUGGGGUAAACUGUCACAGACACUGCCAGGACCUGUGUGGGAUGCAGUGUGUGAAGAGAGACAAGGUGUAUGCUGGGUCAUGUCCCUCCACCCCUGCCUCAGCCCUCACUCCUGUCCCAGACCUCCUGACCAAGGCAAACAGCUGGAGUUCGUCGGAAGACAACACCUUUGUUUUCCCCGGGGGUAACAGUAAUUGGGGUAACAACCGUAAUAGGAGGGACUUGGACCGGUCCACUCCGGGUAACAGGGGUGACUCUGCGCUCUCAGACCGGUCCACCCAGACAGACCCGGGGUUGUGGAUGCCUGUGAGUGUGGACAAGAAGGGAAACCAGCAAGUUCUCCCUAUAGAGAGAGACAGGGGCUGUGUUGUGAAGCCCCAGAGAUUCCUUGGCUCCUCCAUGCCUGCCUCCUUCCUGCAGGAGAAGAUGGAGGAACUCAACUUGAUCAGAGAUAAGAGCAGAGAGCCCGACUGAGCUGGGACACUGGAUACCCACGGACAGACAGAAGACACACACACACAGACGAACGGACGGACAGACACACACACACGAACGGACACACACAGACGAACGAACGGACACACACACACGAACGGACGGACAGACACACACACACGAACGGACACACACAUACGAACGGACACACAGACGCACGGACGGACAGACACACACACGAACGGACACACACAGACGAACGGACGGACAGACACACAGACGGACAGACACACACAAACUCAUACACACCCAGACAUCAAAUAAACUGGGUUUGUGUGGGCUGUGUUUGAGCCAAUGGGUUUGUUUCUCAAUAUGCAUCCUACCGUGCUCCACACGCUCCAAGUGAAUUCUCCUCAGGACGUUCUCCCGAGUGCUUUCUCUUCAGGACGUUCUCCCGAGUGCUUUCUCUUCAGGACGUUCUCCCGAGUGCUUUCUCUUCAGGACGUUCUCCCGAGUGCUUUCUCUUCAGGACGUUCUCCCGAGUGCUUUCUCUUGAGGUUGAGAGUGUGGAGAACACAUAAUACUUUCCAUUUGAGAAGCACUUCCCCUUACUGUAUUACCUCACACUGCACCUCCCCUUUCACCGACCCUCCUUCCAGCCAGGACAACGACGACAACAGACGGAGAUAUACACAAAGCUAACUUUUUACUUCAUAAUUAUCAGCUAGAUAUAUGUGAAUAGUUGUAAUCUAGCUAGCCAAUGAACAGAAACUAAUGUCAUGCAAGGUACAGUCGAUGUCAAUUCUUUGUGGGUAGCUAGCUAACAUCCCCCCCCCCCCCCCCCCCGUGGCUAGCCAGUUAGCCCUAUUGAUUUACUAUGGACUUUAACCCAUUCCUUCUUCUAGCCAGGACAAUGGCAAUAGAGACGAAAAACAAUAUAUACACGAAGCAAAUGUUUUACUUCAUAUCUAUGAGCUAGCUAUAUGCUUUGCUGUUUGGGGUUUUAGGCUGGGUUUCUGUACAGAACUUUGUGACAUCAGCUGAUGUAAGAAUGGCUUUAUAAAUACAUUUAAUUGAUUGCUAUAUGUUUACCGUAAUAAUGUAGCUAACCAGAUAGAAUAACAGGCAAAAAAAAAACGACAUAAACCAAUGUUAUCCAAGGUAGAUAUCAAUUCUUCGUGGGCAGCAAGCUAACAAUUAUUUGUGGCUCUCUGGCUAGCUAACAGUAGUAGUUAGCCAGUUAGCUCUAUUGACUUUACAAUGGGCUUACGACCUACGCACACUACAGUGGGUCCUGUAGGAAGGUAACCAUGCCAAAACGGGCUGUAUUUAUUAACGUAGCAAGAUAAAAUAUUGUAGUCAGGCAAACGUAUAUGAUUAGCUAACAUUUAAAUUCCCAAGUCGCGUUGUAUUUUCGCUUCAGCUCAAGUAAUGGCCGCCAAUGAUUUUAAUCAAAUUUGUGUCAUUUUGUUUGUUGUGUUUUUUGUAAUCAUAUUUCUUUUGCAUACUUUCUGUCGAAGCUUACGUCGAUGCAAGCUUCAACAUAUGUACGAAUGGAACACGCAUUCGAAAAGUACCCUCAAUGCUCUGUUUCGUGCUUUGAUAUACUUUGAUUUGGGACUCAACCUCCGACCCUCCCGUGCUACAAUAUGACACGGUAUUAUGGAUUUUGAUAAACACCCAUUGAUGAAACCAGUUUUCCUGAUAAUUUUCAAGUAGAGUUAAUGUAAAAAAAAAAUAUAUAUAUAUAUAUAUAUAUAUAUAUA